AUGUCGAUCGCUGAUAAGGAUAUUCCCGCCACCGCUGUACGUUGCACUCCCUCGUUCAUUGUGGACGCCGCCGUGUCGUCGUCGUCGUCGGUGGUCGAGCAAUGACAUCGCCAGAGUCGGCAGAGUCGCCGCUUGGGCCGGAUCAUGAAGAGGCCGGAGCGAGCUAACACCUCCGCACUUCGCAUAUGUUUCAUCCUCUUGUUGUCUACAGUUGUUCGAUGCCAUUGCCGAAGGACUCAAGGGCGUGAGUAGCCCUUUUUCCUGUUUAAUCUUCCCCGGGACGCCUCAGAAGAGUGUAGAGGCAGCCCAGCUGAGUCCUCCCUCUCGUUCGUAGAUGUCGGACAAGGAGAAGAAGGAAAACAUCAAGAAGGUCAACGGCAUCUUUGAGAUGAGGGUCAAGAAGGGUUCGAAGGAGGGUAUUUACACCAUUGACCUCAAGAAGGUACGUCGCGGUCGUCCUCGAUUUGUGUGGGUCUCGGUCGGGUCGCGUGGUCGGCUCGCGCUGCUUGUUCGCCGUGAAACGCCGAUCGCCGGCCGGUGCGCGAGUCCGACUUGCGUGCAUCGACGACCGCCGGGCGGGGAGGCAGCACGCCGCGUUUAGGGUGAUCUGCUGGUACCUUGACCACUCGUUUCAGCGAGUGUCUGCACUAUCUCUGUCAUGGACUCGGAGCUAUGACCCCCCUACUGCCUUCUACUCAUCGAUCCGGCGACUCCGAUCGUUCCAGGAGCUGACCUCUUGUUCGCCCCCCAUCUUCUAUUCGUCUCUCGCCCACUCUCGUAAAACCCAUCACAGGAGGGCACCGUUUACCAGGGCAGCGCCAAGCCCAAGGCCGACGUCACCAUCUCGCUCGACAACGACACCUUCCAGCAGGUAAGCCCGAGCCCCCCCCCCCCCCUCAAUCCACUUCACGGCGACCUGCGCGCGCGCGCGAGUCAAUUCUACUCUCGAGACCCGAUGCAGUGCAACUGAACCCGUUCCGCAAUCUCCCUAGCUCGCCGACGGCAAGUUGAACGGUCAAAAGGCAUUCAUGUCCGGUAAACUGAAGGUCAAGGGAAACAUCAUGCUCGCGACCAAGCUCGACACCGUUCUCAAGGUCAGCUCGUCGCACCAUCAACUUUGCCUCUCAACUACCAUAACUGAUGCCUUAUCCAUCCUAUCCCCAUGUACCCACAGAGCGCCCAAGCCAAGCUUUAA